GCCUCAUGCUUCUAUUUGCGGUUAUCAUCUCACCGGAAUCGAUCACCGGAUCACCCACUGAGGGAGUUUCCUUGUCAUAUGAGCGCCUUAUUAGAAAGCUUUCAGUGCUACAAAAAGGCGGCCGUUAUUGAGGAAGAAUCCAAAUCCUUCCCUCUUUUCCCUCUGCCAAAUGUCGAACUACAACCUUCUCGCUGUCCUCGAGGCUGAUCCGGUAAACGUUGUAGGUCUUGGACUGCUCGCUUUUCUGGCUGUGUUGUCUCUCUAUCGGCGUUUCACACGUAUCUCUGUUUCCCAUAUUCCUGGCCCGCCGCCCGAAUCUUUCGUGCUUGGUAAUCUUGCUGAAAUAUUCCAAAGUCAAGCGGGGGAGCCUGACUUCAAGUGGCAACGUCAGUACGGGGACGUAGUGCGUGUCAAAGGGACCUUCGGCGAAGACCGGCUUUUGAUAUCUGACCCUAAGGCGCUCCAGUACAUUUUCCACACCUCGGGCUAUGGGUUCUUGAAAUGGCCUCAAAGAACUGAGAUCAGCCGCGUCUUAAUGGGUCGUGGACUGUUAUGGGCCGACGGAAACAUUCAUAAACGACAGAGGAAAGUGAUGCUUCCGGGAUUCGGAGCCCCGGAAUGCAAAUCAUUUAUCCCUAUCUUCCAACGUACUGGCUCCGAGCUGGUCGCAAAGUGGACUGAUAUUCUUGCUGGUUCACCCAGUCAAAGCGUGGAAAUGAAUGUCGCCACUUGGCUGUCUCGUGCUACCAUGGAUUCUCUCGGAGAAGCUGCUUUUGACUAUCAAUUUGGCGCCCUAGCCCAAAGAGACAACGAACUGAUGAAGGCGUACUUUGGUCUAAUGAACGACACCCUUGGUUCACCGUCCAAGAAAACCAUUUUCUUGCAAACGAUACUGCCUGUAUGGGCUUUGCAGUUGAGAGCCAAGUAUUCUAACAGCAAGCCGAUGGCGCACGCCAGAUACACUGCGAAACUCGCCGAGGAAUUGACCCAGGCUCUGAUAGACAUGAAGUCCUCUGAGCUCCUGCAAGGGAAGGGAAGUAAGGACGUCUUGAGUCUAUUGGGUGGGUCUUUCUCAGUGACUCAGUACUUUGUGCUUAGAUUGUACACGUAUCAAGUGAAAGCCAAUGCCUCAGAGGAUGUAGCUACCGCUUUGACUCACGAGGAGAUGCUGGCUCAGAUGCGAACAUUGCUACUCGCUGGACACGAAACGAGUGCUACUAGCACACUUUGGAUUCUCCUAGAGCUUGCUCGACAUCCAGAUGUGCAGGACAGACUUCGGAAUGAAAUUCGCGCCGUAGAACACGCUAUUCAUAGCCGAGGAGAUUCAGAGUUUACCUCAAAGGACUUCGAAAGCAUGACUUAUACCAUUGCUGUGAUGAAAGAGGCUAUGCGACUUCACCCGGCGUUAUAUCACAAUUAUCGACGAGCUGCCCACGACGACGUUCUUCCACUCUCAAAGCCCAUUCUCACCACGUCGGAUGAACUCAUAGACAAACUUCCGGUCCCUAAAGGGAUGAAAGUGUUUGCAUCUAUUGCUGGAUACAACAGAAACAAAGACUUAUGGGGAAACGAUGCCGACGUUUUUAAUCCAGAGCGAUGGCUUCAGCCAGAGAAACAUCGGAAGGGACCUAGCGUGGGGGUUUAUGGAAACCUGCUGACUUUCGCGGGAGGAGUCAGAACAUGCGUGGGCUGGCGUUUUGCGAUUUAUGAAGUCCAGGCCCUGUUGAUUGCGAUCAUCAACAAUUUCGUUUUAUCACCUACAGAGGACCUCAAACGCCUUCGCCGAGAAGCUUGUUUGGUUAUGAUUCCUACCCUCGAAGGAGAGGUGGAAAAGGGUGAAAAUCUUCCUCUUCGAGUAAGCGCCGCUCCGAGAGACUAG